AAGGAGUACUCUAAGCUUUUCACAAGGGCGGACAAUGACCUGCGAACGGCCUUUGUAUGAUGAAACCAGCAAAUUGCGUCAUGUUUUCCAGGACGUCAUAAUAUUCAUAUUUUGUAUUAAAAUAUGUUAAAUAUGGCUUGGUAAGUCGUGAGCAUCCAAACGCUAUAGUACUGUCAAUUCCAAUUUCUAGUGAAUGCAACACCAUGCUGUAUCUCAAACAUGGCGACGUGCUUAGUUACGAGUGCGGCAACUAAAAGUAUUUUUGCGUUGACGCCGGUGGUGCGGCGUUAUUGUACAAAGAAGAUAAGCUUCGUCGUUCCUCGUCGCCUUUCUCAUAGAUCUGGGAGCAGCUUGUAUGACCAUGUCCUUGGAGGAUACAGUGACAAGCCGGAGCUUGACAUGAGAGCGGUGUGUGAAGACACCGACAAAGUCAUCGCCAAUGUAGAAAAUAGGAAGGGCGAGCUACGCGGUGAAGACGUCAGGCUCAUUGUGUCUGCUUGGCAGCAGCUCCAAGCAGUAAAAAAAGACAUUUUAGAGCUGGAAGAGCAGAAGCAGCAAAUUAGUGGAACAGUCAAAGCUUGCGUGGCAAAGCACCAAAAGCAAGUUCUCACCAACCUUCCAGAGUACAACCAGGCUGUGCUAAAAGGUCGAGAUAUCCGCAACAGACUGAACCAGCUGUAUAGCAGAGAGACAGAGCUGGAUCAGGAAUACUAUAGCCGAGCGCUUCGUCUGCCCAACACCACCCACCCUGAUGUUCCCAUUGGAGACGAGAGCCAGGCGAGGGUAGUGGAGCUGGUUGGGCAGAAACCAGAAUUUGACUUCAAGCCCAGAGGCCAUGUUGAACUUGGGGAGGAGUUGGGUCUCAUCAGACAGAGGCACCUAGCUCACAUCUCAGGCCACAGAUCCUACUAUCUGAGGGGAAUGGGUGCCAGACUUCAGACCGCGCUCCAAAACUUUGCGCUUGACACACUGCAACGGCGUGGCUUCAUUCCCAUGGUUGUACCGGACAUGCUGAAAGGAGCUGUUUUUGAGGGAUGCGGCAUGCAACCCAACGCCCAUCGCUCUCAGGUCUAUUCACUGGACCCAGCUCGUUUUCCCAACUUAAGUCUGGCUGGGACCGGAGAAGUUGGAGUGGCUGGCUAUUUCAUGGAUCACGCAGUUAACUUCAAGGAGCUACCUGUCAGGACAGUGUGCAGUAGUACAUGUUACAGAGCAGAGACUGACACAGGAAGAGAGACCUGGGGCCUCUAUAGAGUUCAUCACUUCAAUAAGGUCGAGAUGUUUGGAGUGACCGCAGACGAGACAGGAGAGGAGAGUACUCAGAUGCUGGAGGAGUUUGUUUCUUUGCAAAAAGAGUUGUUUUCUUCAUUGGAGCUUCACUACAGAGUGCUAGACAUGCCAACACAGGAGUUGGGUCUUCCAGCUUACAGAAAGUAUGAUAUUGAAGCCUGGAUGCCUGGAAGGAACAGUUUUGGAGAGAUUUCCAGUGGGUCUAACUGUACUGACUACCAGAGCAGACGACUGAACAUCCUGUAUGAGAGAGAGGAUGGCAGCCUGCAGUACGCCCACACAGUUAAUGCUACAGCAUGCGCCAUCCCCAGGACAAUCAUUGCUAUCUUAGAGACUCACCAGACCAAAGAAGGCUUUGUGCGGGUCCCCGCAGCCUUACAAUCAUAUUUGGGCCUCCAAGUGAUUGAAAAACCAGCGUACAUUCCCCUGAAGUACAUUGGUCCUAACCAACCUUGCCGCCCACCCAGACCUGCUCCCAAAAUUAGGUGACAUCAGUGUUGGGAAUAACAUGUGAAGUCAUAGUGAUUCCAUUAACUUAGACCGCAUAUAUUUUUCCACUUUGCUGUGACUUGGGGGUCCUGGGUCCUGCUUUGUGCAUCUGGAAAUAGGUGUCAAUCUUGGUCGUCACUUUGUGUGUGUACAUGUUUGUCAUGGAUGACCCUUUAUUUGUUAAUUUUUAAAAUUUAAAAUGCAGAACAAGGGUGUCAAACUUGCUUACAUUGAAGGCUUUUAUUUGACUUACAGGCAAUCAAAGAGCUGGUUGUAAAUGAAAUUGGUAACUGCUACGGCUAGUCACUUCGUCAUAUAAACAAACUACUUUUGUAAUCAGCAAUCAAGGAAACAUAUUGGCCUGUGUGUACACUAUUGAAUUUUUUUUUUUUUUUUUAAAGUCUGGUAAUAAAAAAAUGCUUGUAAUACAUUAAAUCAUGUGAAUUGC